AUGGGUUUUGGAGUUGCUGAAGGAGUUACUGUCGAGCGAGAGGCCAGUGACGGAGAGAACGAUGCUGUGGUAUUCUACACUUCCAACAACUGUGAUAUCGAUACUGUCACCGCUCAGGACGAGGGCGGUUGUGUUGAGAUCAAUGGGCCGGGCGAUAGCUACGGCUCAUUCAAUGUCAUCUCUGGACAGCCAGGAGGUGCUCGCAGGAAACGCAACAAUUCUAUUAGAGCACCUGGUCGAAAGACUACCGGGUAUGAAACAGACGAGGAAGGAAAUCUUCUAACUGGAACAAAUGCUCCUGCUUGGCACGAAGCUGUCGAAAACUCGCCCUAUUAUCACGGAUUGGAGUCUGAGUAUAAUGGCAAGCUAUGGAAAUGGCAUCAAGUGGCCAAACGAAAGUGGUCGGGUCUAAAGCCAGAGGAUUGGGACGACAGCAUCCACAUCAAGAACGAUACUCUCAUUGAGUUUGAUGGUAGCGUGGAUUGCUUGAGACAAGAACCCACCAAUGCUCUAGAAGCUCGAGGUCUUUGCGGAUUUACCCAACGCUGUACUGCUGCAAUUGGAAGUACAACAGCAAACUUUGCUUACAAUGCUGUCCUCGUCUACUACAGACAAGUCGCACAGCUCAAAAAAGACCCUCAGGGUUAUAUCUGGAAUGCGCUGAACACUCCAUUCGUUCAGACGAUCGUCGUUGUUAUCAACUCCCGUAGCAUGCCAGGUCAUGCUACAUCCGAUACCCAUGAUACUUUGACACAUACGCAGAACCAACUACUGGCUCAGUGUCAAUCUCAGCACGAUCAAAUCAACACACUGAUAGCGCUGCAUCAAGCUUCACUGGAGGAGCAAAGGUUGCAGAAUCAGAUGAUCGCAAGCGUACUGAGUAAGUUGACAGAUCAGCAAGGAGGAAUCCACACGAGCAGUUUUCAAGCAACUCAAGAUGGACAAAACCCGGCCAAAGUGGGUUCUUGCGACAAUGGCCCAACGCCUAACAGCAAGCGUGAGAUAGAGAUCGAGGAGGGCUUCUUAGCCUAA